AUGUCAAGUUCGAGGAUUUAACUAAUCUCCCUUAAGAUUUGCAAAAAGUCUCAAACUUUUUUUCUUCUGGGAUUUUUAGGGUUCUUAUCUCUGCUAUUUGCAUGCAUGUUACUUUUGGUGUCUGAUUACUCUAAUAACUUCGAUUCAUGCAGGUUUAUGACAUUUUUACUCGACCCAGAUUUUGAUUUCAUCUGAAAGUUUGGAUUUUUGAGUUGGAGAAGAAGGUGAAAUCUGAAGCGAUAUAGCGACAAUUUGUCUCUCUCUCGGAUGAAUUCUCCGUUGAGUUCCAAGAAUCUGAGAGUCUUUUCAAAGUCUGUAGCUUGCAAAUGUCUUGUUCUUGUUGGUAUUGCUCUGUUCUACAGAGCUCUGUUACUCUCUUACUCUCCCAGAAACGCUCUAAGCAAUAGCUUAUUGUUUCGAGCUCGUCACAUGUCAGAUUCCUCCUCAACCGGUGGAAUUCGGCCUGAUAAGUUUCUCGAGGUUCCUCAGAUCGUGUGGGGUCUAAACAAUCAGAAGAUAGCUUUUGCUAGAGCUUGCUUGACUGCGAGAAUGAUGAACAGAACGCUUCUCAUGCCUAGUCUAAGUGCUUCCUUGUUUUACAAGGAAGUCGAUAAGCUUCGUCCGAUUCCGUUUGAUAAAGUUUUUCAGUUUGAAAGAUUCAACUCUCUCUGUUCUGGGUUUGUGCGGCUUGCUCGGUUCUCGGAUGUUAGAAACAGAGCACAAGUGUUUGAUCUAGAGAAAGGUAGUGGAAGAAGAUGGACGGUUGAAAGAGACUUGGAACACUUGAAACAAUCUGCUCGUAAUGAGUCCAUCGAUGAGUUUGAAGUGAUCCGUGUCAUAGGGAAAAACCCGUUCUUGUGGCACGAUCAUUGGCCAGUUGAAGACUAUGCUAUGGUCUUUGAGUGUAUGGUGGUGGUUGAUGAAAUCUCAAGAGAAGCGGAUAAAGUUGUGAAGAAAAUCAGAGAAGCAGGUGAGGCAGAAAGAGCGAAACUCGAAUCCAAAACCGAAAUCCCCGGUCCGAUACCUUUUGUUGCAGUUCACAUGAGGAUAGAGAUAGAUUGGAUGAUACAUUGUAAGAAACUAGAGCAACGGAAAAAGGUCUCAGAGAUUUGUAGUAGCAAAAGAGAGAUUAUGGAGAGAGUAGGGAACAUUUCAGGUUUAAAGACUCCAACAGUUCUUUACCUUGCAGUAGCAGAUACUCUCUUAGAAGAAAAAGAGGAAGAUUCAUCGGUUUUAAAGGGCUGGAGAGACGGUUUAAUACCAUUUGAGAAGAAGAAGCUUGGAGUUAAAGAGGAGAUUUACGGGAAGUAUUCAUAUUUGAUACAAUCGGCUAUAGAUUAUGAGGUGUGUUUAAGAGCGGAUGUUUUUGUUGGUAAUAGCUUUUCGACUUUCUCUAGUCUUAUUGUUCUUGAAAGGACGCAGAAAGCGAGAAGGUUAGGGUUUAUGAGUUCUUGUAAAGAUGGUGAAAACAAGUGGAGAUCGUAUGCAUAUAAUCUGGCUGGUGAAUCAAAGGGAGUUCCAAGAAGAUGGAUGACGAAUAUGACUCAUUCGAGCUUGCAAGCUAUUAGCUAUGGCUCAAAUUCUGUUUCUUGUUCUAGUGGAUGAAACUGGCAUUUUUAGAUUUAGUUUUUUUUUUGGCUUUUCUAUACAAUUCGUUUAUUUGUGGGGGUAUAGAGUUGUGUAAAUUUUACAGGAAUAAGAACAAUGCUUAGAUCUUCUUCAUUUUCAUUUAGUUUUUCCAAAUAAUCUGUCCUUCAGAUA